GGCCAGACUGGCUGCGCGCUGCGGAGCGCGGUCCCCGAAGAAGGCUCCCCGUCUCCCGUGCCCCAAAAACACAUGGUCAUUCUUAUUUCAGCAGUUGGAUGCAGCUUCAGAGCUGGGAAAGAGUGAUUUCAAGGCCAAGUAAGAAGAGUGAAUUCUCAUCAGAACAACCCUUCAAAGGGAAGACAUUGCCAGAAUUUUGAGUAGUUUAUUUGGACAAACAUUUCUCCAAGGAGGAUAGCCCUCUGCCCCCAUGUCUCCACCUUUGAAGGACUGACUUACUCCAUCAGCUGGUGCCUCUUUGGACUCCUGCCAUGGGGCCCUCUGGGAGCAUCCUGAGCAGCGGACAGAUGCAGCUCGUCCUGUGGGGAUGUUUGGCAGCUGUCACCACAUUCUUCCUCAUCACCUUCCUCAUCUUCCUCUGCUCCAGUUGUGACAGAGAAAAGAAGCCCAGACAGCAUAGUGCAGACCAUGAGAACCUGAUGAAUGUGCCUUCAGACAAGGAGAUGUUCAGUCGCUCAAUUACCAGCCUGGCCACAGACGCCCCCGCCAGCAGUGAGCAGAACGGGGUGCUCACCAACGGUGACAUUCUUUCAGAAGACAGUACUAUGACCUGCAUGCAACAUUACGAGGAAGUCCAGACAUCAGCGUCAGAUCUGCUGGACUCCCAGGACAGCAUGGGGAAGCCAAAAUGCCAUCAGAGCCGGGAACUGCCCAGAAUCCCUCCUGACAGUGGGGUGGAUGCCAUGCUCAAUGCCAGUGCAGAUGCAGAUGGGGACCAGGGCCUGGGGAUGGAAGGGCCCUAUGAAGUGCUCAAGGAUAGCUCGUCCCAGGAAAACAUGGUGGAGGACUGUUUAUAUGAAACUGUGAAAGAAAUUAAAGAGGUGGCCACAGCGGCACACUCGGGGAAAGGCCACAGCAGCAAGUCAAAGUCGACUUCAGCUUUGAAAGAACUUCCUGGACCCCAAACCAAUGGCAAAGGAGACUUUGCUGAAUACGCCUCCGUGGACAGAAACAAGAAGUGUCGACAAAGUGUUAAUGCAGAGAGCAUUCUUGGAAAUUCAUGUGAACUAGAAGAGGAGGCCCCACCACCCGUCCCCGUGAAACUUCUGGAUGAGAAUGAAAACCUUCAGGAGAAGAAAAAGAGACGGGCAGGAGAAGAAGGAGCCACAGAAGGGGCCGGGGAACCUAGCAAGAGAUUUAGUUCUUUGUCAUAUAAGUCCCGGGAAGAAGACCCGACUCUCACAGAGGAGGAGAUCUCAGCCAUGUAUUCAUCAGUAAAUAAACCUGGACAGUCAGGGAAUAAAUCAAGACAGUUGCUUAAAUCACCAGAGUCCAGCUACACCUCCAUUCAAGGAACCACUCAGAGACCCCCCUCUUCCUGUAAUGAUCUCUAUGCUAAUGUUAAAGACUUUGAGAAAACUCCCAACAAUGUCCACGCUGUUCCACCAGCAGGGAAACCCAGUGAGGAGCUGGAGCCCGAGCCGGAUUAUGAAGCAAUACAGACUCUAAACAGAGAAGAAGAAAAGGCCACCCUGGAGACCAAUGGCCGCCACACACUUUUCCCGAAGGAGAAUGACUAUGAGAGCAUUGGGGACUUGCAGCAAGGCAGAGAUAUCACCAGACUCUAGCAACCCAGAAGACAACCCCAGAUAACGUGUGCUCAGCUGGCUGGGGACAUUUUAUCCAUGGAAGAUAAGAAGCGAUAUCAACCUAUACAGUUCAUAAUGCUGCUUUAGUAAACUGAAGGCAACUGGAGAUGCCAUGACUUUUCCAGUUGCGGAAAUAGUGAGGUACGCACCUGGCUGCACCUGUGGGUGUCCCUGCCUCUUCUGCAGGUGGUUCUGGCUCACCCCAGCACACCUUCCUCAUGCACCCUCACCAUUGGGAAAGGUCCCAGCUGCCUGUGGCUGCAUCCUGUUAGUGAGGAAAGCCAAGGCGAAAGGAAGAGCUGCACUCAUCGAGAACCACACUCCACCCACCUAAAAUACUGCCAUUCUGAAAAGCCAGGUUUUUUUGGGUUUUUUUAUUUCCCUUUUGCUGUCUGCUACAAAAUGCAUGGGGGUUGUUUCCUUUUAACUCGCCCAGUUUCUAUUGGUUCAUUCCAAGGAGAGUCUCCCUUUGCCUUCAACAUAGGUGUUUUAUGAUGGUUAAAACACAAGGUUGUUGGUUCCCAUCAGCUCAGCAAUCCUCUUCAAAGAGCUGCACAAAAAUCCGAAUUCUGCAGGUGGACAGACUGGGGACGUCCCUUGCAAUUUUUCGGUCUCUUUCCUUCUGGUUUUGGCAUUCCACCUCAGCAGCCUCGCCCAAAAUACUUGAAGUCAUUUUUAGAUGCUUUAUGUUAUUUUUCUAAUCAAAAUGGUUUCCCCUCAGUAUUUGAAACUCUUUAGAGCCUUUUCAGUAUUUUAAUAUUGAAUAUUAUGGUACUUCUCCACUUAUUUUAGCCCAGAGCUCCUUCCUCCAAAACAGAGAGCCUUAAUCUCUAUGUUGGGACACAGACCACAUAAUUUGAUGGCAGCCUGGGGUCUGUCUUUGAAGGGCUGUGAACUUGAAUGUGUAUUUCUGAUGAUCCCUGCUGCCCCCUAACAGUGUGGGAUUUCACAAGUUAACUGCUACCCUGUGGUUAUCUAUCUAAGAUUAAAAUGUAAACAUUUAUUUUUGUUAUAUAAAUUUAUAAGAUGUUUUAUGUUUAAUGCCUAAUUUCUAGAAAGUGCCAGAAAAAAUGUAUAUUAACUAUUUUGGUUUUAUGUACAAUGAUUUAUAGUCUCUUUUGAAUAGACACCAUAAAGCACAUAAGCUAGAUAAUUACAAGUAGUUCUUUUUUCUAACCAAGUGUAUAAAGCAUUGAAGGUUUAUAAAAGACUCAACUUUUCAAAUGGUACUUGGAACUCCUGGUCAAAAUCCUCUGGUUCACUGGAGAAACAAGUAGAAUAAACAUAAAUGAACAUUUUCCAUGGUUUGUGGUGGGCAACAUUGAAAUAUUGGUAAGAAUGGAAAGAACAAAAUGACUGGGGUGACUGCAAAUUAUUAACCUCAUGAAAAUAUUAUAAUUCCAUUCAGGUAUAGUGACAUUUUUAAGAAAAGAGUGAUGAAUUCUGCAGUCCAGUUUGCAAAUGCAAAUUGCCUAUUGGGAUUUUUUUCCCCUUCCAUUUUACAAAAAUCAGUGGCUGAAAUAACUCAGAUUAAGAGCUCAGCUGGUUUGAAUUUAAUCAUCUCUUUAGAUCUUAUAAGUCCAACGUUGGGAAACUUAUUCACUUUUCAUUUUAAAAGGAACCUUUUAAAGUUUGAAGUGCUAUUAUGAAGUGUGGACUACAGACAGGGAGCUGUUCCUACACCGAUAAAGGAAAAAUAAGGCAAUUAUUCCAUACUGCUGUGACAUCUGUGACUUUUCAGAUUGAAUAAUCUUGCUGUUUUCACUCGUUAUGACAAAGAAUGCACUUGGGAGAAUGAAGCAUCUUGAAAACUGUAGAGACCGGCUCAUUGGCAUGUUUUUCUCUCCCUUGCAUUCACAGCUUGAUUUUGUGAUUGCUCUGUAAAACAUUUCUGAAAUUGUAAAGUGAGCCACAUUGGGGCAAACUCGUCAGUUGUCAUUUUUCAGUCAGCCUGGUCUCUCCCAUGAAAAGCUCAUGUGCCUAAGCACAAUCAUCUGUGAUUCGAAGAUAAUGGCAGAAUAUCAUUGGAUUAGAAGGAAUCUGUUGGGAAAGUAUCAGCCCCUUAUUCUUUGAAAUCACAUCCGUCCUCAAUAAACACUGUUUUGCCUGAUAAUUUUCAUCAUUUAGGAUUAAUUGUUGGGCCCAACCACCUCUCUGUCAUGGGUUCUCACACUGCACACCUAUGUCUAUGCUGGGGAAAGUCUUUUGGGGCACCAAAAGUUUUACUGUAUUUCAUGACGUCUUACUUAUUGCCAGGGAAAUGGGUAUAAAUGCUAAAAUGUAAAAUCAUGCCUAGAAAGAGAUCAUUAUAGUAUUAUCACUUUGAAAUGUCAUUAUCAGAACUUUCCCCAGAAGUUUUGAAAUAAGGCUAUAUAGUAUAGCCACAAAUUCAGCAUUGAGAUCUCCCUCUCGAUUUAAAAACCAGUGCUGUGAAUACGUUGUGAUAUAAAGUAUUAUAAGUAUAUUUUAAAAGGAAACUAUAGGCAUUCCAGUACAAAUCUUUCAAAGGUAAGUGAUGGUACAGUCCAUGAGGGUGGAGAGAGGGAGAAGAGUGACCUUAAGGAGACAACUCUUCUCUUUAACCACUGGGUACCUUAUGGAAGUAUGUUUAUUAAUGAAGUGUUAUCACUGCUUUGACCUCCUAUUUUUUUUUAAAGAUUUUAUCUAUUUAUGCAUACAAGAGCUGGGGUGCAGGCCAGACAUGCAGGGGGGUGAGAGGAUUCACCAGAGACAGAGUGGGGAAUAGAACAGGCAGAUAAACUGAAAUACGCUGCUGAGGGGAGCAGCAGGCGAGCCAAGAGGUGUCUACUGUGCCAUGUGGGUUGCUCCCUGGCCCGCCGGGGAUCGAACUCAUGCUGCAGAGGCUGCAGAUUGCUCCAUAGUGCAGCCCUCAACCCUUUGCGCCACCAGGGAGGACCCUGCUUUAACCUUCUAAUAGAGUAUUUCUUGAUUUCACCACUUUUAUUUGUUGAAAGUCUGUGGUAGAAUCUUUGAGUUGGACAAAACCUAUGGCUACUUUUAAAAUAUUUUAUCUUGAGCUAAAUGUUGUAGAGUUUAAAUGUAUGAAAGGUAAUUAUAUAAAAAGAGGAGAAUUUACUAUAUCUUUAAAAUUUCACUUUGGCAUCUAUAUUAUACA